AUGGUCAAUCAAGCCCCCCGCACGCGUAAGGACGUCUCCAGCAGCAAGAACGCUGAAGUAAUCCAACAACGUCAUCACUUUCUUGUUAAUGGCAAGUUAGUCCGUGGUGCAUUCACAAGAACUGCUGAAAUGCUCGACAUCGUACGCCGCAGUGUUGCCUAUAUCUGGGACACGUUUUAUACCCGCGGUGCCCUGUCGUCCAACAAGUGCGCCAAGGUUGGUCCGAAGCCCAAGUACUCCCCCGACGACAUCCGGAACCUCAACGCACUGCAUGAAACCGUCGAAUUUGAGAGCCUAUGGGAUGUGGUCCAUUUGGACGAAAAGUGGUUCAAUACCGACAAAGAUCGCCGCAAGGUGUACCUGGUUCCCGGCGAGACCCCUCCGCAGCGGACGUGGAAGUGCAAGCGCUUUAUCCCGAAGGUGAUGUUCUUGGCCGCGAUCGGCUGGCCUCGAUUUGACCACGACCGCGGGGUGUUGUUUGAUGGCAAAGUGGGCAUGUGGCCAUUCGUGGAGUCCGUCCCCGCUGUUCGCAACUCACGCAACCGUCCCGCCAGUACCAUGGCGACGUCCUUGGUCAACGUGAAUGCAACUGUGUACCGAGACUACGUCAUCAACAAUGUCAUACCUGCGAUCAAGGCGUCCUUUCCGACUGUGUCCACCGACGGGUGGAAGUUUGUGCUCCGUCGACAACCGCCCAACAGUCCGGACCUGAACGCGCUGGACCUCGGCUUCUUCGCAUCGAUUCAAUCCCUACAGUACAAGUUGAUGAGUCGCACUGUCGACGAUGUGAUUCGCUCGACCCUCGCAGCGUUCGAAGAGCUGAGCUACGAGAAGCUCGAGAGCGUCUUUCUCACGUUUGAGUCGGUGAUGCAACUGAUCCUUGAGCACGACGGAGGCAACCACUACGUCUUGCCUCACCUGAAGAAGGCCGCCUUGCGACGCGCUGGACUUCUGAUGCAGAAUGUGUCUUGCCCUGUGUCCCUUCUCUUGUAG